AUUGAAGGUUGAUUUUUGGACAGACAUAACCUUCCUCAUCAACGCAAUGGCUACCAAUGUGCCUGCACUGGCCGCAAGGCACUUCAAUCUUGGUGGGAAAGAGGUUUACCUGCCUAAUUUUACCCUCACUCUCCUCCGCACGCCCUUUCUGCCACCCAAUUAUGCCAGCUUCAUCGUACCAUUGAAUCUGAACAAGCUCGACAUUCGCGACUAUCUUUUCCAUGCCUAUGGCGUCAAGGUGGUCAGCGUCCGAUCAUACGUCCAACAGCAACGAGUGCGACAGGACAAGCCGGGCUCCAGAAUGCCUGCGCCUAGACGGUGGUACAGGCCGCGUUCAAUCAAGAAGAUGACGGUAGAAAUGGAUAAGCCUUUUGUUUGGCCCGAGGAACCUGAGGACUUUUCGUCUUGGGAGAAGGAACGUUACGAUGCCGCUGCGAAAUCUCAGGAAAAAGAGCAGGAGAAGUACCGACCAGACUAUGCUGCGAAGCCGACUGCUGAGAGAAAGUCAAUCGCCGAGCAGGCGCAAGCGUUGCUAUCAGGCAAGGAGCAAUGGCGGCCACAAUGGGUGGACAGCGGUGCACCGGUAGAAGUCGAACAGGAUCUGCCUAUGUCGCGCGAUUCGCGACCCUAAGGAAGGGGAGGUUUGUCUUUAAAAUACCCAAUGGUCAAAAGAUAUUGAGAGAAGUGGGUUGUAUAAACGCGGCCGUGCACAGAGCGGUAUUGUAUAUUAUAUAUACUGGGGUUUCAUUUCGAUGGCGCAGGAUCAGCUUUUCAUCAAAUACGGCAUUGGGCAUGAUAGAAAUUUUAUUCAAAGACUUUAAUCAACAGUCCUAUUGAUGCUGAUUAUGUGGUUUGUUUGGUGAAGAAUUGAUGUUCCUCAAAGCCAGCCGCGUUAUGUCUCACUGGGC